UCCGUUCCAUUGCCGAUGAAGACGUUCAACUUGGUCGUACGCACAUCAAAAUAUAGAGACACGACCACAACCGUGAUGAACCACUUCAGAGUAUUCACCGCACUGGCGGUAUUCUGCGCUUGCGGCGCCCUGGCCGCGCCGGCCGGACAACACCACACGGUGGUUCCGAUCCUGAAACAAGUGAACCGACAGAACGAGGACGGUUCGUACAGCUACGGUUACGAGAACGCCGACGGAACGUACAAGAUCGAGACCAAGUACCCGUCCGGCGAGGUGUACGGCAAGUACGGUUACGUGGACGAGACCGGCAAAUUGCGGACGGUCGAGUACGGCGCGUCGGCUCGCGGCUUCGAGCCGGUCGGCACCGACAUCACCGUGCCACCACCUGUUGUGGGCGUCGACUCCAACGACCUGCACAGGGACCAGUCUUCGCGGUCGCAGGACGACUACGACGACGGACAGUACCGCGAGGACCCGAGCGUGUACUACAAGACGUCGUCGUCGGACGGCCACCACCAGCAGCUGAGCCACCACCAGCAACAGCAACAGCACCACCAGCAGCAACUGCAGCACCACCAGCAGCAGCAGCAACAGCAACUGCGAUCCCUGCAGCAGCAGGCGCCCGUCGCUGCCAGACAGCAGCAGUGGUUCUCCGCGGGCCCGCAGCAGAAGACCCGGUCCGACCCCGAUCAGUUCCAGUCCCAUCCGGCCGUGCACAACUUCGAUCCCGCAUCCGGAUCGUUCUCCAUCUCGUACACGGGAAAGUGACCGCUCGUGAUGACGUCGAAUAGAUUAUAGUAUUAUAUAAAAUUGUACUUAUAUUAUUAUUAUUUUUUGUACGAUUUUUUUUCCCUUUAUUAUUAGUAUAUUAAGUUUUUUUUAUAUAAAUCAAUAAAAAACCUCUGUUGUCUUA